CGGCUCCCUACUCUAAAAGAGCUAAACACCAGAUAAACGCCGCACUAACAGGAUAAAAGCUCAUACGUCGCGAAAUAGAUAUAUUUUUUUAAAGUCUAAACUGAAAGCGGAAUGGAAAAGCCGUACCUGGUCACAUGUACUGCCCCCGUGAACAUAGCUGUCAUUAAAUACUGGGGGAAAAGGAACGAAGAAUUGAUUCUGCCAAUCAACUCAUCUCUGAGCGUGACGUUGCAUCAAGACCAGUUAAAAACAACAACAACAGUUGCAACCAGCAGAUCGUUUAAGGAGGAUCGAAUAUGGCUGAAUGGCAAAGAGGAGGACAUCACCCAUCCAAGACUUCAGUCUUGUCUCAGAGAAAUUCGAAGAUUGGCACGAAAGAGGCACAAUGACGGAGACGCUACUUCCACUGAGUUGACUGGUCUUUCUCAAAAAGUCCACAUUUGCUCUGUAAACAAUUUUCCCACCGCUGCUGGACUCGCCUCGUCUGCUGCAGGCUUUGCCUGUCUAGUUUACAGUCUCGCUCAGGCAUUUGGUGUAGAAGGAGAGCUGUCUGGUGUCGCUCGUCAAGGUUCUGGCAGCGCCUGCCGAAGCAUGUAUGGAGGCUUUGUUCAGUGGAUUAUGGGAAACCAGGAGGAUGGCAAGGACAGUUUAGCCCAGCAGGUGGAGCCAGAGAGUCAUUGGCCUGAACUCAGAAUCCUUGUCCUUGUGGCUAGUGCUGAGAGGAAGCCAGUCGGCAGCACUUCUGGGAUGCAAACUAGCGUACAAACAAGUUGCCUACUAAAGCAUCGGGCAGAGUCUGUUGUUCCUCACCGGAUGGAGGAGAUGAUUAAAGCCGUGCGAGGAAGAGACUUUGCUGCAUUUGCUGAAUUGACCAUGAAAGACAGCAACCAGUUUCAUGCCACCUGCCUGGACACAUACCCUCCAAUCUUCUACCUGAACAGAGUCUCCCAGCAGGUCAUUCACUUGGUGCAUCGAUACAACAGACAUUAUGGGGAGACACGGGUGGCCUACAGUUUUGAUGCCGGGCCAAACGCUGUGAUUUUCACGUUACAACAGCACGUUCCAGAGUUUGUCCACUUCAUCCAGCAUUUCUUCCCACCAGAAACCAAUGGAGAGGACUUCAUCAAAGGUCUUCCAGUCAAGAGUGCUGCCGUCUCUGAGCAGCUGAAACAGAGUGUUGGCUUAGAACCCAUGCCAAAGGGAAUAAGCUACAUUAUUAGCACCAAGGCUGGUCCAGGCCCCCGGGUUGUGAAGGAUCCCUCUCUACACCUGCUGUCACCUGAUGGCUUUCCUAAACUAUAAGACAUAAACUUUAGUUCUUUGAAAGUAGCUUUGUUUUUUUUUGUUUUUUUACGUUUACAGAUUUAUACAGUUUAUUAUGGAGCCCCUAAAGGGACAUGGAGGUAAAAAAAAAAAUAAUAGUAUUGGUUUCUCAUGCACACGAGAAAAAAAACCCAGUGUGCAGCACAGCAGCUGAUCAAAGCCAGUGCAUCCCCGGUACCAAAACAAACUACAUGACUUUAGAACUCGUUUUAGGUGACGUUCAGAGGUAACAUAACGGUGACACCAGGCAAGCAAAGCUAAAGUCUUUGUAGGGGAGUCCUAAGAAAUAAUAACCACUUAGUUCCUCGUGUGCAACAGUUGGUUUAUUGUGCGCAUGAGAAACCAGUACAAUUUCUUUUACAUCUAUGUCCCUUUAGGGGCUCCGUAGUUUAUGCCAGCAUAGAAGCAAAAUAAAUCUUAAUUUCCCCAUGUAAACUGUACAGUGCGUCUUCUAAGUCACUUCAAAUCACGAGUUUUUAGGUUCUAUUCUAAAUAAAUGUUAAAUGUGACAGCA